AGUCUGCCUCUCCACACAGAUCCGUCCUCAGAGGCCUCAGCUUCUCCACAGAACUGACUUCAGAUCUCCACAUUAAAACCUGGAGCCUCCUGAUCAGAUUAGCUCAGGAAUAGGAUUAGUCUUGACGCAGAUGGAGCUCAGGGACAGACUUCAUCACUUUGUUCCCACCACACACAAACACUGUUCUCUCAUUUAUUGCAUUCAGUGCGUGCGCACAAACCUGUCUGCCGACCUUGAUUUCAGUGAUUUUUGUUCGUCGUCUGCUCAGACGUACUGCCAGGAGGAUCAGAACUGUCAGCGAGGCUUCAGGACGCGCAAAUCUAACAAAGCUAACAAAGAAACAUUACACGUCUUCUCACCAGAGUCACAAAGCAGGGCUGUUUAACUAAAUCGCUCCGGGGGUCUCGGUUACUCGAAGCCAACAGCUCGGGGGGCCUGCCCAUUAAUGGUUGGAGCGCUCUGAUUGGCUGAGUGUGUCACAGAGGGGUGUGAUGCAUCCAGUUGUGGACGAGACAGCCGGGGACCUCCCGGUCCGAGAUGUGGGUCUGAUGAGGGGAGGGCUGAUGCCAGCUGUCCCAGAUACCCUACGUGAUCCUAGGGCCUGGAAGAAGCAUCAUUUCAUGAAAAAAGCAGACCCUCAGCGGCUGUUUCGGUUUCCCAGGGAGCACCUGGAGGACCUGUGCCUCCGCCUCCAGGAGGAGAACAGUGUGCUCAGGCAGCACACGAGAACACAGGAACAGCGGCUCCGCAGGGUGUCCACACGGCUCAUGCGUCUCCGUCAGACCCGUCCCGGGUCCGGUGCCAUCAAGGAGAGGGACAUGGAGGAGACGGUGCAGGAGCUGGAGGCCCGGGUGGCCAUGCUGGAGAGUCAGAAGGAAGUGCUGCAGAACAAACUGGGCUUAGCCAAGCAGCACAUCGUGGACCUGCGGGCUCGCACGCCUUACAAAUACAGCAAAAGUAAAAAUCGUGAGGGGGAGGCCGGAGUCAGGAGGGCAACUCAGACUGCUCCACCGCGAUACGGCGUGGUGUUGGAGGACACCAGGGCCGAGGUGGAGCGAAUGUCCAGUCUGACAGAGCAGGUGAGGAUGACAGAGCUGGAGAUGACGGCUCAGACGCUCAGAGACUCGCUGACGGAGAAGGAGAAGGAGAUGGAGGGAACGGUCCGAGAGCUGAGGAGGCAGCAGGCUGAGCGGCACAGAACAACAAUCAGAGAGAACGUGGAUCUGAUCCGUCUACAAAAGCAGCUGUCAGAAAAAAGUGCAGCUCUUAGAGUCAGUGAAGAGAAGUUAAUCAACCUGCAGGAGGCGUUUGAGAAGCAGCUUGAGGAGACUCAGCUGUCGCUGACGGAGAGUCAAGGAGCUCUGCUGGAGAAAGUGGAGGAGCUGACGGAGCAGCUGAAGCAGGAAAGACAGAAAGCUCUGACGCUGGAUGGACAGCUGACCACCAUGACUCUGUCUCUACAGACCCUAGACAAGUUCCAAGAGAGGAUAUCAGACCUGGAGGGGGAGAGAGAUCUUAUAAAAGAAAACUAUGACACUCUACUGAUAAGUACUUUAUCUGGUCAAAGCAACGAUGAAAAGCAGGCGGAAAUGCUCAGAGUUGUGGAGCAGAAGAAGGAGAAGCUGGUGGAGAGCAUCUGCAGGGAGGACGUUCAGAGACUGCAGGAGAUGCUGCAAGCAGAGAGGGAGGAGAGGAGCAAGCUGGAGCUGGAGAAGGAGAAACUGAGACAGGAUAAGAAGGCGCUCGAGGAGCAGAGAGGACGUGAGGAAGAGAGGCAGAAGCAUCUGGAACAAGAAGUGCUCCAGUACAAACAGCAGGUCUUUACUCUGCAGGACAGACUCGAUUCUAUUCCUAAGGAGUUCGACAUGAGCAUCGAAGAGCUCAGCGAAACUCUUCUGCAGAUUAAGGCCUUUAGGAUGCAGCAGGAGGGCAGGGAGGGCCUGAGCUUCCUCGUGUCUGAUGAGAAGGUGGAAGAGUCAAGCCGUGAGCUCGUAAAACUCCAGGCUUCUUAUGCUGAGACUGCGCUUGAGCUACAGAAAACCAGAAACCUGCUGCUGCUGGAGCACAAAAUCACCACAGACCUGCAGGAGGAGCUAAAUACACUCAACCAAAAGGUGAAAAAAGACCAAGAGGAAAACAAGAGAAGGAUGGUGGGAAAAGACAAACUUUUAUCUAAAAGAGCUCUUCAGAUCAACACUUUACAAGCUCAGUUAAAAGAGUUGGCAUACAGGCCCAGGAACUACAAGCGAACCAUACCGAUUCAGUACACCUGGCCAGCAGGAGACCAGGAGGUGGUCCAGCCCUUCGAGGAAGAUCUGUGUUUCUCUCAGCUAAAGACUGGAGAGUCACUGCUGGAGAUCCACCUGAAGGCCGCCACCUUCACCCCCACCGGGCUUCGGGUCAUGAGUAACAUCCAUCCAGGAGCAGACAAAUAUGAGAACAUCGUGACCUUCUGCACCUACUGCCUGCUGGACUUUGAGAUGCACUCCACUCCUCUGGUGUCAGGAAGUCAACCAAACUACAGCUUCACGUCCCGCUACGCUCUGACAGCCCGCGAUCUGGGCAGGCUCGGGGGUCAGGGCUCAAGAGUGCGAGUAGAGCUCCACCAGGCGUUGGGGGGAGUCCGGUUUGUCACCCACGGAAGUGGGCACAUGUCACUCAUGGACGCCAUGGAGAGGAGAGGAGAGCGAGUCGGUGGAGGGGUCAGGAUCACAGGUCAUGAGGGCGACAUCUUCGGUGUUGUGGAUUUCUGGGUUCGCCUCUUCCCUCCUGCAGAACCCAUUGGGACUGUGACAGAAAGUGGACCUGAAAGGAGAACUGUAACUCAGAGGGGUCCAGAUCAGAUUCUGCUGGGCUGGCAAGACAGCAUUCAUGAGGAGCUGCACGACUACGGUGGUGGGAUCCCCAACGAACUGGUGGUGAUGCUGGAGCGCUGCGUCGGCCUGAACGCUCGCUGGCCGGGACUCAUUCCCGAUGCCUACCUGACGUACAGGUUGUACGACCUGCCGCCUCACACCUCGCAAACCGUCCAGUGUGCGACUGACCCGGUGUUCAACGACGUCACCAGCCACCCUCUGGCGGUGACAGCUGACGUGCUGCACUACUUCAGGUCCAGCAGUCUGUGGGUCUAUGUUUUUGAUGAUGGUGAAGAUCAGAUGCCACCAGCCUACCUGGCCAAGACUCCGAUCCCACUGCGAGCUUUGGCUACAGGCAGAGAGAUCAGAGGUGAUUACGUCCUAAGAGAUCCAGCUGGUGGACCUCGAGGGAUGGUCAGAGUCAUGCUGAAAUGGAGGUACCCCUUUCAUCCACCAGUGGAUACUCUGCAGGGUGGAGGGGAGAGGGGCGUGGAGGAGCAGGGCAGAGCAAUGAGGAGCGCUCAGAGGGAGGAGAGAAGAGACGAAUCACAGAGACCCAUAGCAAAGCCAAGAGUGAAGACUCAACCUCCUGAAACCAAACCUGUGCAGAAAGAGACAAAAGACUGGCCUCAGCCUGUCCUCGUAAAACAGAAAAGCUCACGGGACGUACGGUCGGAGCAGAUCACCUCCGUGAAACCUCGAGACGCUCGUCUGUCAGCAGACAGGAGGAGGUCCAGCAGGAGGUCAGAGGAGGUGUGUCAGAGAACACCUCACCUGAGCCCAGAGCCAAGACAGAAAACACCCUCCCACAGGUCGUCAGUGGGGUCAGUUUCCAGACUAUCGAUCACCUCAGCAUCGAGGGGAAAUUCUGUCGGUGACGCUGGGAUUCAGGACGUUCCUUCUGUGGAUCAGGUGUCGGUUUCUGAAGCAACAGGUGAAGAAGAAGACAAGAGAAGUGAGAGUGGAGACAGCGAAGGCCCUGAGUCUUCAGAGUCCACACAGAGCGACGUCAUAAUUGUAACUUCAAAACGAAAAAUUAACAAGGGAGACAAACUAAGAGUUGAGAUUCUGUCCCUGACGUUUGAGCCGUCCUCUAACGUGGCGUUGGACCGGUCGGUGCAGCGUGUUUACGUGGAGUAUCGGCUGCUGGGCGUUCCCAUGGAGUCGACAGAAACACCUGUGUCCCUCCGAAAGCCUCUGGAAGGAGAGGAGAUUCACUACAACUUCACACGAGUGAUCUAUGUGGACGGAUCACCGUCGGCUCCGCUCAGACAGUACCUUUACACCAUGUUGGAGGGCAGAGACCCCAACCAGGGCAGGUUAAAGUUCACAGUAGUCAGUGAGCCGAUGGACGACGAGGACGAGUGUGUGGACGUCGGGCACGCUUUUCUGGACCUGCAGGAACUGCUGCUCACAGGAAAUGAUGUCAUCGAGCAACAAAUUGACAUUCUAAGUGUGGAUGAAGACAAGGAGGUGAUAGGACAUCUGAAAGUGUCCCUGGAGGCAGCCAAAGCCCUCACGGGGAUAUACCAAGAGUUUCACAAGAAAGAUGGUCGAAAACCAGAGGAAGAGGAGGCGGAGAAAGAAGGAGGGAAAGCGAAGAAGAAAAUUGAUCAUAUUCAAGUGCAAGAUUAUGAUGAUGACAGUGUUUUCUACUGAACAUAAAAAUAUGUGAACAUUGUGUCUUUUUGAAUAUUAUGAAAAGCCAAUAAACAUUUAAUUUAAAAAGUA